AUGUCUUUGGAAGACAUUGUGAAGAGUUUAGCCAUAAGUACUCAAACAUUUCAAAAUGAUACCAAGGUGAGUAUGAAGACUCUGGAACAAAAAAUUACUCAACUUACCACUUCUAUGAGUAAACUGGAGUCACAAGGCAAACUACCUGCACAAACCGAAAAGAAUCCAAAGCAUAGUGCACGUGCCAUCACUUUGAGAAAUGGCAAAGUAUGUGAAGGUCCAAAGAUGAUUGAAGAAGAAGAGAAGAUGGAGUUUGAGAAAGAAAAAGUCACUCCUCCUCCAUUUACCACAAGGUUAAGCAAGUCAAAGCGUGAAAGGGAAGACAAUGAAAUCAUGGAGAUGUUCAAAAAGGUUGAGGUAAAUAUUCCUCUUAUUGAUGCCAUCAAACAAGUCCCUAGGUAUGAUAAUUUACUUAAGGAAUUAUGCACAUCUAAAAAAAAGUUAAAAGGGAAUGAAACUGUCAAAGUGGGUGAAAAUGUAUCUGUAGUGCUACAGAAAAGACUACCUCAAAAAUGUAAGGAUCCAGGUGUUUUCACGAAGACCGGGGUGAUCAUUCAGUUGGCUGAUAGAUCUUUAGUACAUCCAAAAGGUGUGCUACAAGAUGUGAAGAUCCCUAGGACAAAAAUUGAUGUUUAUGAUGGUACAUUGCCAAUAGAAUUGGAUGGAGAGGUGAUAAAUUUCAACAUCUAUGAUGCUAUGAGAUAUCCAAGUGAUAUUUCAUCUUUGAAUUUUGUGGAAAUCAUAGAACCAUUGACAGAGGAGUGUUUUGAUUUUUCUAAUCUUGACGUGUUAGCUCUCAUUUUAGAUAGGAAUCUUCAAAAGGAAAAAGUGGAAAAACUUGCCAAGCAAUUUAAAUUUCAUGAAGAGAUUAUGGAAUUUGUAUCUUGCAUGGAUGGAAAGAAGAAAAUGAGGUUUGAUGUUCCAAAACUGAAGUUAUCGAUGCCUAAUGAGAAACUUAUUCCUUCUAUUAUGCAGGCACCAGAAUUGGAGCUCAAGACUUUACCCGAGCACCUCAAGUAUGCGUAUCUUGGAGAGAAAGAGACUUUUCCAGUGAUCAUUUCCACAACGUUGUUAACAAAAUAA